GGCCUCAGCCGGGCAGUGCUCGCGUCCUGCCGCAGUCUCUCAGCCGCUAGUUCCAGCAAGCGCUAGGCAGGAGAUCCCCCUGCCUGGCCACCCACAGUUGCUACUGUUGCUUCUCCCACCCGCGAUCGCAGCUUGGCAAGUCCGAAACUCAGCCUGCAACCUGGGCAGGUCAGCACAGGAGGGCCUCGGGGUCUUAGGGGACCGACUACGAACUUGCAGAGGACCGCAGGUCUCCCGGCCUGGAGAGUGGGAACAGGACUGUGGACUCUUCCAAGAUUUACAAUGAUACAGUGAACUCAAAGACUGGGAUCGAAAACGUCUGCUCAGCUUUUUAGUUUUAACAACAGUAAGUUCUACCAACACCCAUCAUGGCUAAAAGUGCAGAGGUCAAGCUGGCAGUAUUUGGGAGAGCAGGUGUGGGCAAGUCAGCUCUUGUAGUGAGAUUUCUGACCAAACGGUUCAUCUGGGAAUAUGAUCCCACCCUCGAAUCAACCUACCGACACCAAGCAACCAUUGAUGAUGAAGUUGUUUCCAUGGAGAUUCUUGAUACUGCUGGCCAGGAAGACACCAUUCAGAGGGAAGGGCACAUGCGGUGGGGAGAAGGCUUUGUGCUGGUCUAUGACAUUACUGACCGAGGAAGUUUUGAGGAAGUGCUGCCACUGAAGAACAUCCUAGAUGAGAUCAAAAAGCCCAAGAACGUGACAUUAAUCUUGGUUGGAAACAAAGCUGAUUUGGACCAUUCCCGACAAGUGAGUACAGAAGAAGGGGAGAAGCUGGCCACAGAAUUGGCAUGUGCUUUCUAUGAGUGUUCUGCAUGCACUGGAGAAGGGAACAUCACAGAGAUCUUCUACGAGUUAUGUCGAGAGGUGCGUCGCCGGAGGAUGGUGCAGGGCAAGACGAGGAGACGCAGCUCCACCACACAUGUCAAGCAGGCCAUCAACAAGAUGCUCACCAAAAUCAGUAGUUAGGCCACUCUGGUCUUGCAGAGGCCCUGCAGAGGUGGGUUGGGUAAUUGGAAACACUCUUUUGCCCUUCUUUUUUCCCUCCGAAAAUGAAACAAAAUAUUCCACUCCUUGUUUUGACUAUGGGAAUUGUCUGGGCUUCUUUGUUCUACACCUUCCAUAUGUUAGGAGUUUUAGAGUGUCUUGUGCAGUUUAGAUGCUGACAAUUUUUCCCUUUCAAGCUUGCAUAGGAUCCACUCCACUAUAGCUUGAAAAUGUAGCUACCAGAAAUUCAGAAAUGGCUGGGCUCAUAUUCAGCUAUUUUUAGGCUUCUCCACAUUACUUAAAUAAGUUAAAGUCUUUUUAGAGUCAUUCUUAAAUUCCAUAUAUUGUCAAAAACUACAAAAGAUCAUCAUAAAUGUCUAAGAUAGCAGAAAACACAGUAAAAACACCAAAAGGAUGACUGAGCUGUCGCAGCAAGGAUUAGAACUCCAGUUCCUUUUUGAAGUGAGGAUUUUCUGAAUUAUCUUAAAUCAUCAAGUUUUGUUUAACCCUUCAUUUUGUUCUUAUCUUGAACAUGAAUUCACUAAGGUUUUUCACUGCAAUAGAGAGUUCAUUUCAAUUUGAGUUGAUUCUCUCAAUGACAUAUUGACCAUUAUGCCUUGAUUCUUCUUGCUUGGCUUACACACAUCUGUAAUAACAGAGGCAGCAGGACCCACAAUUCAAAUCUUGCUAGGGCUUUUCCCCCAGGCCCAAGGUGAUGUAAAACAUUAGCAAUCUUUUCACCAAACUCUAACUUCAUGGCAUGCAUGUAGAGGAGAUAAACUUAGAGAUGCCUGAUUUGUUUCUCACUCUGUUUAUCACCUUAGCAGAAAGACAAUACAAACAACAGGGUAAUUAGGAAUGGAGAUUAACCACCCCUCUGUAGGGAAACCAAGGCUCUGUGCUAGCCAGGCACAUCAGAAAAAGAAGCCUCUGUUUCAUUAAGAUGGCCGCAUGACUCCUUUAACAUUUUGGGUAAAUUAAUUCACUUAGAAAGAUUCAGAAAAGAAUGAAUGAUUUAAGUUCAUUAUACCUGAAUAAAUGUGCAUAAAACAGAUUCUUAUAUUGUAAAAGUACAGUCUAUAACUAACAAGGCUUUAUAACUCUUUUCUCCCUCUUAUGCCCCCAUAUAUUAAGAUUUGGGCACUUUAUUUUAGAAGAAAAUAUAUAUCUUUUACAUAUGUAUGUAUUUGUAAAUGCAUAGAUAUAUGUAUAAAAUUUGUAAGUGUUGGAAGCUUUAGUUCACCAUGUAUUUGGACAACUUGGUAUAACUGACUUUAUUUUAUGUGACUAUAAUAAAAAGCAUAAUUUUCAAAUUUGGGUAGUCUUUCUUAUAAUAAUAACAUGAAAUACUUUUUAACUCUCAGAGACACUUGAGAGAGCAAUUGAAUUAGAGAGUUGAAAAAUCAGUGAACCUUACUUUUAAAAUUAGCUCCUGUUGAUAAUUAUAAUUCCUACUUUUAGAGUGCUUAGGUGUUAUUUUAGGCAUGUUAUAUAUUAUCUCUCCAAAUCAUCACAAUAACUCUAUGAGAGAGUACUACAAUAUUACAAUUGUAGAGUUAAUGAUAGUCUUAAGAGAAAAAAGUAAUGUAUCCGGGUCUACACAGCAUUUGGUGGUUAGAACCAGGAUUUGAACUCAAAGGAUCAAAGACUCAGACUCUAUAGCCCACAGUACUAUCCACCAUCCAGUUCUUACCCUUGUGUUCUAGGGAUGAGGUUAUAGGAAUAUAUAUGUCACAUACAUGACUCAAUACAAGUCAGUUAGUUCAUUAGAUGGUGUCAGCCCUGAACUUUAAAGAACAUAAGAGAACAAUUUAAGAAAGAAAAUAUUGUAGGCAAAAAAUAUUGUGGAUAUGAAAUGAAGACAUGAAAGGUGAUGGUGAAUGUGGGAAUUUAAAGGAAUUUAGA